CUAUGUCUAGCGGCAUCAUUCAACCAUCUUUACCGGGACUUUUCUGAGACCCAUGUGGCUUCUUAUUUUGAAAUUUCAAAGCUACUAAAAAAAGUAAUUAAACUUGACGUAACUUGACCUUUUGCGUCCUCUUUUGUAGAGUGGUGAUCGACAAUGCCGUUUGUGAAACCGCGACUCUGGUCAAGGUCGACAGUGCUAGAAGGCAUGGAAUCCUCCUGGAAGCUGUACAAGUGUUAACCGACUUGAACCUUUCAAUUCAGAAAGCUUACAUUUCUUCAGAUGGAAUAUGGUUCAUGGAUGUUUUUCAUGUGACUGAUCUUGAUGGAAAUAAAUUAAUCGACGAGGGCGUUAUUAGCUACCUUGAGAAGUCACUUGCAACGAUUCACUGUGGCAAACCUGCCGCCUCAAAUGACUUGACGGCCUUGGAGCUAACCGGGACAGACCGUGUUGGUCUUCUUUCCGAGGUGUUUGCAGUCUUGGCUGAGCUUGAAUGUGAUGUUGUUGAAGCCAAAGUGUGGACCCACAAUGGCCGAAUAGCUUCAUUAAUAUAUGUCAAGGACUGUAAUUCUGGUUCUCCUAUCAAGGACUCCCAGAAAAUAGACACUAUUGUUGGACGUUUGAGGAAUGUUCUAAAAGGGCAAGAUGACAUUCUAUAUGCCAAGACUUCAGUCUCUAUGACAGUCACCCAUACUGAAAGAAGGUUGCACCAAAUGAUGUUUGCUGAUCGCGACUAUGAAAGGAAGCCUGUCUUACAGCAUAGUGAUGAUUCUCCUGUGGUGACAGUUCAGAAUUGGGUGGAAAGAGGUUACUCCGUUGUGAAUGUCCAGUGUAAAGAUCGAAUGAAGCUAUUGUUCGAUGUCGUUUGCACGUUGACAGACAUGGAUUAUGUAGUUUUUCAUGGCACCAUCACUACAGCAAAGGAUAGAGCAUAUCUGGAACUUUACAUCCGACACACUGAUGGUACCCCAAUUAGUUCCGAGGCUGAAAGGCAGCGUGUUAUCCAAUGCUUACAAGCUUCCGUAGAGAGAAGAACAUCACAGGGUGUGAGAUUGGAGUUACGCACAACCGACAGGCCAUGUCUCUUAGCAGAUGUGACGAGAACGUUCAGAGAGAAUGGCUUAAACGUCACAAGAGCAGAGGUAUCCACCUCAGCGGAUGUAGCUCUAAACCUCUUCUACGUAACCGAUGCACUGGGGAAUGCAGCAGAUGUGAAAACCAUCAACUCCGUCCGGGAGAAAAUUGGGUUGAGUUGCUUGAAAGUGAAGGAACUGCCAUUGAUUUCGCAACAAAAGACAGAAGGGGAAGAGCAGGGUGUGGGUGUUGGUGGGACCGUUUUGUUAUCUCUUGGGAGCAUAUUGAGAAGGAACCUCUACAACUUGGGAUUGAUCAGGUCAUACUCGCAGGCAUAGAGAGCAUCAAAAAAAAAAAAAAAAAAAAAAAAAAAAAAACAAUUGAGUUAUUCAAGAUUUGUCCAUAUGUCUGCUUUUCUUUGCUUUGGUAUAUUCUUUGCUUGAACUAUGAGCAUCAUAUAGUGUACAGAAAAGAAUCAAAAUUUGAAAGAAAGAAAGAAAAAGGGUGGGUACUUUGUUGA